AUGAGCACCCGUGGAACUCGCGGUCAUGAUAUUUGUCGGCCCGGCGAGCGCCGUAGGAGGGCUCGACCUGAGUUUUCCUCUCUGGGCAAUAUGCCGAACUUAGAUACUAAUGAGACACUAGUUUCACCUGCUACUGAGACUGGGUUUCAAAGCCGCUUGGCUAGGGACGACGCAUUGAGUGUCACUGGAUUCGCCCCUACUGUGAUUGAGUAUUUGUUGGAGGCCACUGAGAGUAUUAUGAACGACAUCGACUGCACUCCUGAGCAAAAAUUAAAGGGUGCAGUCUCUGUGCUUCGUGAUGAGGCAUAUCAGUGGUGGUUGUCAGUUGAGGAGGGUACUCAACCGGGUCGCCAGAAUUGGGACUACUUCAAGACUGCCUUUCAAGCAAAGUAUGUGGGUGCAAGUUAUGUGGAUGCUCGUAAGCGUGAGUUCAUGAAUCUCAAACAAGGUGAUAAGUCUGUGGCCGAGUAUGAGGAUGAGUUUUUUAGAUUUAGCCGUUAUGCUUGA